CACAAAUGCGUGAUACAGUGACAGGGCUCCUCGUCUUAUCUGCCACUUUGUUCGCUAUCAUCUUUGCGACCCCUGUCUACAGUCAUGACUGGCCUUACAAUUUGCCGCCAGGUCAGAAGUAUUAUCCCGAACAUGAACACCAUGUUAGGCGAGACUUUAAGAUACAGCAAAAACUCAACAUGGCUACACCAUCUGGCAUGCGAAAGAUGAGCGACGAUGAAGGCGAAAAGUUCUUCUUGGACUACUGGCAAUUUGAUGAGCAGACAUUCGCUUCCAUUGAGAUGGAUAAAUCUCUACAUGCGCGACGCUCGGUCGGCUCUGCAGCACUGUUGACGAAUAUCUCCAGCGUUGGAGAAUUGCUCCCACCGCUGCUCUUGCAUGCAGAGUCUCAACAAUUUGUUCCUAAUCACAGAUUAUUCGGUCUCACCGUGACUACAGGUGCUUCAUGGUCAACGUUGUCUGAUAGCACAACCACACAAACCUUCGUCAUCCCAGCGAGUUCUGGCCCCAAUACAGCUUCGGUCUGCACCUCGACAACCACCUUGGUCAUUACAACAUCUGGAAACGCUUUGANNCGACGACGAUUGUUCAAACGACAAUCGUCCUUCCAACUCUCAAGUGUGUCGACAACAUCGUUGGUCCCUUCGACGCCGAUCAGUCCUUCAUCCUCAGGGCAAGGUCCAUUGACCUGCAGUCCUGGGUUUCAAACAUGCCCAGCAAGCCUUGGAGGCGGUUGCUGCCAUACUGAUCGAGCCUGUGGCUCUCUGACCUGUCCACCGCUAUCAACGGCUGCUCCACCUGUCCUGCCAACGAGUGGCUCUGGACCAGUUUCGACCUCGACAUUGUCGACAAGCACCGCAACUCGCAGGACUACCUCUGCAUCCAGUACUGUCAGCUAUUCUGGCUGCCCGACCGGAUUUUAUAUGUGCAGCGCAUAUUAUCUCGGCGGAUGUUGUCGAGUAGGAAGAAAUUGCGACAUGACGAGUUGUCCUACUUCUGAAAGCACGGCUGUGGUCACCAACUCUGGACUGACGGUGAUGGCUCCUAGCGGCGCGAGCUCUGCAGCUCCGACUGGAAAUUGUGCUAAUGGCUGGUUCAGUUGCGCAGCCAGUGUGGGUGGAGGAUGUUGUCCAUCCGGCUAUGGCUGUGGAACCAGCUGUACAGCCAUGGCCAGCGGACAGAGUAACGUUGACAAGGGAGCGCCUAAUGAGGCAGAACAUGCUAGAGCAUGCGGAUGGGCCCUUCUGAGCUUGGCUCUCCUCUCGGGAGCUGGCAUGGUAUUGCUA